CAACCGACACAAGAUUUGUUGCUCUCAGCCAUUGUUGAUAUUAACAACUUCGUUUCCAUGGUGUGCGAUGUGGUGCGAGAGCAGGAAGACGUUUCAAAAGUCAGAGUGAAAGAUUCAAUAGAACUGCAUACAAAGAACAGAAUAAAAUAUAAUACGGUGCAUAAAAGAAUUCCAUAUAUUGUGUGAUGUAUUGACGACGAUGAACGCAGUAAUCCACCCUUGUACGCCAUCCCGCCGGAUUCCCGAUCGCGCUAAGCUUGGCGACAAGAAGUUCCAGGACGCCGUCAAAGAUGAUCAGAAACACCGGGCACUGAUCAAGCAUCAAUUGAACAAGAAACCAUUGCAAAAAGGUGAAGAGGUCAAUCUAAUUAGACCCCCAGAUGCUAGAAAUGUAUAUAAGGGAGACUACAAGAAGUUCCAGGACGCCGUCAAAGAUGAUCAGAAACACCGGGCACUGAUCAAGCAUCAAUUGAACAAGAAACCAUUGCAAGAAGGUGAAGAGGUCAAACUAAUUAGACCCUCAGAUGCUAGAAAUGUAUAUAAGGGAGACUACAAGAAGUUCCAGGACGCCGUCAAAGAUGAUCAGAAACAUCGGGCACUGAUCAAGCAUCAAAUGAACAAGAAACCAUUGCAAAAAGAUGCUAGAAAUGUAUGUAAGGGAGACUACAAGAAGUUCCAGGACGCCGUCAAAGAUGAUCAGAAACACCGGGCACUGAUCAAGCAUCAAUUGAACAAGAAACCAUUGCAAGAAGGUGAAGAGGUCAAACUAAUUAGACCCCCAGUCCGACUUUCUGGGCCUCACCUUCCGAAAUUACGGGACUUCAAGCCGCUCAUGCGUCUGGGAAAAGGAACGUUUGGAGAAGUUUACCUUGCUCAGAAGAACGGCGGUGUAGACAGCGGGGCACUAUACGCCAUGAAGAUGAUAAAUAUCUCCCGGAGCAUGGGUGAAAGAAAUGGUCCUCAAAAGUUUAGAACAGAAUAUGCUGUGCAUGAAAGAGUUACGAACGUCCCGUUCCUAGUGGGACUCCACUACACCUUCCAGAGAGAAUCAAAUCUGUGGCUCGCAGUGGACUAUUAUCCAGGCGGCGAUUUACGGGAUCUGUUAAACUGGAAGAGAAAACUUACAGAGAGCACAACUAGACUCUACCUCGCUGAGAUAGUCUUGGCCGUAGACCACCUGCAUAAGAUUGGAGUAAUCCAUCGGGACCUUAAACCAGAAAAUAUACUGAUCGACUCUGAAGGUCAUAUAGCGGUCACGGACUACGGACUGUGCAAAGAAUUUCCACCCGACGCAAAGAUUAAACGUGCUUAUUCAGUGUGCGGCACAAGUGACUACAUGGCUCCAGAGAUGAUUCAGGGCAAAGGUUACAGCAUGGAAGUGGACUGGUGGAGCGUAGGGAUCAUCGCGUACGAAAUGAUGGCUGGGUUCAGACCCUUUGUUAUUGCACGCGACGAAAGCAAGACGAAACUCAGACAAAAAAUUGUGCAACAGACGCCAGCGAUCCCUAAGAAUUUCACAUCCAUAGGGUCACGUUUUGUCAGAGGCCUUUUGGAGAAAAUGCCAUUAAAGCGGUUAACAUCAGGGAAGACCAUCAAGCAGGACAUCAUGCAGCAUCAGUUCUUCAAUGGUAUCAACUGGGAUAAAGUUGCUAGCAAAAAGCUGAAGAUGCCGUAUGUUCCACCUUAUAACAGCAGCAAAGACGUCCAUCCUGUCCAGAAUCUGAAAAUAGAGCUUCUAGCUCAUACAACUGGUUGCAAGAGAGCUGAGGCAUGCUUAUAUGUAGCACCAUCCCUGAUUCCAAGCAAUGAAUAAGGAACAGGAACUUCAAAGGAGUGCCCAAACGAAGAUGAAAUUCUGAAUGAGCAACUUGUAGUCACAGCAAAGUAAUGGCGUGACAGAACGGAAAAUUGCUGGUGGUGACUAGCAUGGUCACUGGUUUUCAAUUAUAAGUAAACAAGCCCACAGGAAGAAUGAGACCAACGCAUACCAUGACACAGAGGGAAGUGGACCUCUACAUUCAGCACAAAAGCAUUUGCUGGGAGUUGGUCAGAAUCGUGUCCGUUAUUGAGUGGGAGCAUCUUUGUCUCCAGAGAUUCGAAGAAAUUGGGCAAAAGUAAUGGGAGAAUGUAUGUCGGAUUGUGGAAAAACUAGUAUAAAUUUAUUACGAGCAAGAAGGUAUAAUCGAAGUCGCUAUUGAACGCAUUAUAAUUGAAGAUAAUGGGGUGAACAGUGAUGAAUCGAGUUAUAUGUCAGAAAGCGAUGGUCUGUGAGGAGUGGAAGAAUUAGAAGAGGACCAACAGUUGUGAAGAAUAUAAAAUUAUCUAAUACUCUCUGCAGUGUUAAUUUUCUAGUGAUGUGUAGUGUAGUGAAAUCGACUUUCCUGUGUUACAUACCGUGGUAAUAUUUUAUUUGGAGUGUGCUGUACGCGAACUCCUGCCAUCCGUUCCUGGAAACUUCUGUUAAGUAAACAGAUCCGAGGUUUCAAUUCACAAAACGCAGGGGCAGAAAAUGCUGGAACCAAGUAUAACUUCCGAAUGAAGGCUAUGUUCCAUGUAGAGCGUUACAUGGGAGUUCUCUAGCGGAUACUCGUGUAUACAAGAACUCAAAAAUGGCGGGCGUUCACUUUUUCUGUCGUACAUAACCUCACACAAAGGCCUCUUAACAAAUAAGUCGUUGGUAUACUGAGUUUAUAUAAUCUUUCAGAAUAAUAAUUACUUUCUCACACAGGAAAAGAUAUUUUAUUAUUUGAUCUGGAAGAAGAUAGAAAAAAAAACAAUGAUUUAAUAAAUCUGCUAUAUAUUUCA